AAUUUGACUAUUUGUCGGAACAAUUUCGUGAGGUAGAAUUUGAAAUGAGGAAAAAGCCAAAUCCAGAAGUUUCAAAAAAUUUCAUAAAACACUAUCUGCCAGAGUAUAGAGAAGAGGAUGAAGUAUCAUUACUCGACUCCCCCGCCGCAAAAUAUAGAUGUUUCGGAGUCUGCCACGAAAGAUUCGGAUUCAUAUACAUUCCACCGAGCUUCGAUCCCGAAUUGACCCCCGAACCCGUUAUAGAUACCCAGGAAUUUUUCGCGUGCGAAAACCUCGUCAGGGUCACGGAUGGGGAGCCAAGUCGUAAGCCUGAGCACGCGCCGUUCAUGGACGAAGACGGCAAUAUCAAGUACCUCUGUGACUGCAAAAUCAACCCACAUAACUCUACUGGUUAGCUCUGAGGUACCACUUUUCACUCAAGGGUUUCAAUGAUGCGAGAGAUAAGUACUCAGCGCCGAAAGCGGUGGCAUGUUUGAAAGACGCAAUCAAGGUCACAGACCUGGAAUGGAAAUCCUACGAUGAAUUUAAGAGAGAUCUCGCGAUGAUUUUUUCCAAAUAUAAGAUGCCUAACCCGGAUGCGCGGUCCUUACUUUUGGUACAACAGGAAAAGGGUUUCGCCGGUCAAGAUGAGCUGAUUGAUGAACCUGAUCACUGGGACAAGCAGCAAUUCUAUAGGCAACCAGAGAAACUACAUGAGACGGAGAAAACA